AUGCAGAUGAGUAGCCAAAACUCUGGAGCGACAACUCCUAUCGCUGUCAAUGGGGAUGUCAUGAAUAUGCGUGGGGAACUCAAAGGACAGGGUACCAAAAGCAGAAGGAGCGUUUCCAACAUGAACCCAAUUGCGUUAGAGAAGAAGCGAGAAAACGACCGCAACGCCCAAAGAAAUAUCAGAGAAAAGGCAAGGAAUAAUUUGGCAGCCUUGGAACAUAAAGUGAAGGAGUUGGAAGCCAACCAGGACCCCGAGUUGAAGAGAGCACUUGCCGAAGCACAAAACCGACUCAAAGGAUUCCAGCAAUUGGAAAACCAAGUUAAAGCAUUGACUGCAUUGUUGUUGCAACACGGCAUCGACCCCAAUCAAGCAUUGCCACCCACUCAAGAACAGUUUGGAAACGUGUUGGGUGAGAUGGAGAUGGGUCGCCCCACGACAAGUUACCAAGGUGUCGAACUUUCUCCAGCUGUCCGAUCAAUGUAUCCAAUCGGACAAGUACAGUCUCAACCCCUUGCACUCGUACCUAUCCAGUACAAUGUGGAUUCUCCUCAACACAUGGGAUCUCACAUCGAUUCCCCUCAAUCCUUGGGACUUUCCCACCAUUCGGGAUCUCACAUGGAUUCCCCUCAAUCCUUGAGACUUUCCAACCGUUCAGGAUCUCAAACUGGAUCACGACUUGGAUCCCGUACUGGAUCUCAUUAUGGAUCUCAUCAAGGAUCUCCUCAACUCACCGAAUCUCCGCAAUUUACGGGAAAUCCUUUAUUUACGGGACCUUCUCAACAUAUGGAACAUCUUCAACAAACGGGACCUCCUCAGACUAUGCUGGCAUAUCCUCAAUCUAUCCCUUCUCAGUUCGUGGAACCCUCGCAACACAUGGGACAAACUCAUCCCAUGGCACAGUCGCAAUCCAUGCCCCCUCAAUUCGUAGGACCCCCGCAACAUAUGAGACAAGCCCAUCCCAUGGUACAUUCGCAAUCUCAAUCAUCACCCCUUCAACACAACUUCCAAAAUCUCGCAUCUCAAAACGCAUAUCCGUCCAACCAGAACGUGAAUUGGAAUUUUCAAUCGCCCAAUAACGCACAGGGUUGGGAUCAUGCGAAUGAUGUCGCAUUACCAAACGGUGCGAUGAAUUAUCCCACCGACGUUACAUAUGUGCCGCUAUAA